GGGGCGCUUAUACUGCAUUUCAACUUUGACCCUCAUGCUGGAACUUAGCAUAAACGUCUGGGACAUUCAGGAAAAUCACUGAUCUAACAGGAUAGGAUGCUUUAAAUUUUACGAUAUCUGUCUAGGUGUCUGCGUUAUAUCCGGAUUCAAAAUAACGAGUGGGUGCGUAAUGGCCGUUAUGCGAAGGUCAAAGGUCGAUUGUACCUGCAGCUUAGGCCCAUCACGUUGCAGCAGAAGUUAUCACAUUGUUCAGGUCGUAGUACGCGUCACGCGUGUCGUGGUCACGUAUAUAGCAUGGGUCUCUUUAACACUUUGUUGUUUCGCAACUACUUUCCUGGCGACUGCCACAAAUCUAAUACUUGCUACCAACACUUCUAUUCUCUCGCGUUAGAGACAGAUUUCAGCGCCGACUCCGAUAUUAUAAUGGCCGACGCGACUCUCCCCCAAGAUGUCGAGAUGCAUGAUGAGGCACGCGACACCCUCGGGCCACUCCCUGAAAUCCACCGACGAUUUCGUGGCCGUGAAAUCACCUCCGCCCAGGAGCCAGACCGACCGCCAACAUUCGUUGUAGAGGAACAGGUUCAUGACCGCAGGGGACAGUCUUUGCCAACGAAGGUUCAAAGGACUCCAUCUAAGCCUUCCGUGGGAGCCAUCGAAACGGACGAUGGUAUCCGCGACCCAGAGUUCAAGGCGUUCAUCGAAACAGAAUUUAAGAAACAUGUCAUUCGCGACUACCCCAUUAUCGAUUUCAUUGAUCACGUGUGGAAUGUCCACCCCUCUCAGAUACCCGCUGGCGACUUUGAGCUCGCCCGGAUGCCACUGAAGCAAUAUCUCGCAGCCGGAAGAUAUUCGAAGGAAUCCAAGUUCAGGGAGCUGGGUGAGACAGGUGCCCCGCUUAUUGGGCUCGCUGAGAGGGCCGAGACUCGUGCAUGUGUGGCGUUCCAGGAGCUCUUUCAGGACAUGGCCAAAAUUGUUAUGGAGCGAUGGAGGGAAGAGGACCCUGUGGCCGCAGAUGAGAUAGAAGGGAGCCGCUUCCAAGGUACCCUUCGCUUCCUGCACGAGAAGAUUGUGAAAUGGAACUAUGCAAAUUUCAAGCCUGACUUCGGAUACGUAACCGAAGGCGGCGAGAAUACGGACGCAAUUGCCUGGGAUGCAUUUGGGCUGUUCGGGGAGUUGAAGACGGACGAUACAAUAGGCCAACAACUAGGGAACACUCGCGUGGACCAAUCAUUGUUAGACGUUCAGAAAGAGCAACCCUAUACUCCAUCCCCUCCUCGCAAAAGUCGCAAGCGGUCGAAACCUGAUACUCCAGUCGAAGAGGGACCAUCGUCAAAGCAGCGUCGAAGUAAUCAAUCUGACUCCGUGCCUACCAACAAGUCUAAACCAAACGAAUGCGUCUCUAAACCACCCGCGACGGCAAAGUUGACUCCGCAAGAGAGUGCAUUGCUCAGGUUCAACCAGGAUGAAGAUGAGGAUUGUUCUGAGUUCACCAACAACGAGAUACAAGCGGCAAAAUACCUGAAUGAGCUUCUCUCACAUGGAGCCCGUAACUACGCUACAGGAUUCCUGGUUGAGAACGAGAAGAUCAGUCUCUGGUAUGGCGACCGGUUUGGCAUCAUCAAGUCCCGACUUUUCAACUUCAUUGAGGAGCCUCACUACUUCCUGCUCAUGGUCACUGCUAUAAUCCGCGCAUCCGACGAGGACCUUGGAUUUUGCCCACUUAUCCGCAAUGUUCCUCGCAACCACCUAUCACAUAAGGGCGCCACUCUCAUGGUUCCCGCGGCUCGCGACGUCAACGACAAGUGUAUUGGUAAAGUGGAGUUCAAGACUGCUAUCACCGAGGCGAAGUCGAUUGUCACAGCCUAUGGUACCGUUGGACGUGGAACGACGGUUAUACCUAUCACCUCUAUUGGGAAAAAGAAUUGUAAGCGUUUUGGCAAGGGGCGACUCGUGGCGAAGGUAUCCUGGCAGCCAGUGGAACGAUACGAGGAAGGCCACAUCCGAGCAGUUCGCAAGGCGCUGAAGAAGAGCAAAGACAAAGCUGUGCGCGCUGCCCUGGCAUACAUCGUUGAUCUUAAAUGCUCUUCAACGCUUGCCAUCAAUGAUCCGAACGUCAAUCUCCCUCGAGCAUUCAUGACGCAACUCCCUGGAAUCCCAGAAGAUGAGAGGCGAAAUUUCCGCAUUCUCGUCCUGAAAGAGUACUUUCCACUUCAAUUUAUCGACACAUCAGAAGAAUUGAAGAAAGUGUUCCGUGAUGUCGUGAACGGUCAUUAUUGGGCCUGGACUGUCGCAGAAGUUCUGCAUAGGGAUAUCAGUAUCUCCAACGUCAUGUUUCAUCGAAAAGCGGGCCGCGCAAUUGGUGUCCUGUGCGAUUGGGAUCUUGCCGAAACGAAGAAGUACCUUGGUGAGGAGCCUGAGCUUACCGUUGACAUAGGAGAAUACGAGGCCGUCCGAGAUCUCUAUAAGACUAUGCCGCAGAGACGGGUCACCGACCACGAGCCCCGUACAAGCGGCCCUGACGUCUCAACACAGGUGCUGGCCUCUCCAGUUAAUCCGACCGAGCAGUCGGACACUGAACCAGCAGGCAAUGAAGACGAAGAUGAUGAAAGUGCUCGUCGUCGCAAAGCAAAGUAUCGAACUGGUACAGGACCUUUCAUGGCUAUGGAUUUAUUUGCUCCAGGCUCCGCUCCGACCCAUCUUUACCGGCAUGACUUAGAAUCAUUCUUCUGGGUUCUCGUCUGGUUCGUCGCAACACAUAACCCGUCUGCCCACACCCUCGGCCGUAUGAACCAGUGGCAAGGCUCCGACCUGCGCAGUGUCUACAGCGCCAAAGUAAACUUUCUGAAGAAAGUCAGCGUGGCCCGACGAGUGUUGAGUAAACGACACUUGCAGUAUGAUGCAAUGUGGAAGGAGACCCUCAACCCACUGAAGAAAAUAUUUCAUCGAGUGGAACACAAGGCGUCUGCUUUGGAGGUACUCCAGCCAGAUUACAUCGAUGCCUAUUUGGAAGGUGACAUAGCUGAAAUGCAAGACAUUGGAAAGGAAAUCGUUCGUGAAGCGAGGGAAAGAAACGCUCUUGUUUCGUAUGAAAUUUUCGUAUCUAACUUGUGAUCUUGUACUGUAUUUUUAUAUCUUUAUCUAUCGUAAUGUGGUACUAUACAUGAGUAAUAACUUGCAUAUCUUCGCAGUAAGUAGUGUAUAUUUGGCGCCUGACUGUGCGAAUUAGUUGAGUAUUCUUAAUUUAUCCAUUUCACCCCC